CGUUCGACUCGCGUCGUCGAAAGAAAUCUCUUUGGAUUGCAGAAGAAAGAUGACCUUGCGUCAUAUCAGUUGAUACGACGAGGUUACGCGUUCGAUUACUCGAUACGUAUAGCUGCAACUGCUUAGGGUUUAAAGACUUUUACCGCUCUUGAAGUUUUUUAAAAUCUUCAUUCUGUCAAACAGUUUUUCCAACAAACAAUACUUAGUACAAUAUCUUUUUAAUAUUAUUGAAAGAAACGUAAGUGGGAGUAUCCACUGUCGUAACUGGGUAUAUUUAAAUUGCGCUUUCGUUUCCCUGUUUUUAUUUUUUGAACAAGUAUAUAAGUGAAAUCUCUUCCUUCAAAAAAACACACUAAUUACUUUUAUAUGGUACGACGCGCGCACGUAUCACAAUUCCAAUUUAACAAAGUUCUUUCUCAAGAAAUAGAAACAUUCUAGCUUGAAAUGUAACAAAUAAAGUACAAUUCACAAUCAGUAUUCUUGGUCAAGUGCUUUCACCUCUGAAUGAUGUUUAGUCAAGAGGACAGUGUCUCUGUUUAGUUUACGUUUUAAAAUAUAUUACGUCGCACCCCAGUACGUAACAGUUGUCAACCUCGUUUUUAAGAAUUUCGAUAUGAUGCGUAAAAUACUUGCAAUUAGCGUGCGAAACCGCACGGCGAGCAACAAAUAUUUUCCAAGGGAAGGCAAAUUGAGAAGUUGCGGACGUGAAUUUUGCACGGGCGUCGAAGAGAAUCGUUCGCCGUUGAACGGAGUACGAGUUCUGGAUCUGACGCGAAUCGUGGCCGGUCCUUACUGCACAAUGAUCCUGGGUGAUCUCGGUGCGGAGAUCUUGAAGAUCGAACGACCCGACGGCGGGGACGAGGCACGCAAGUGGGGCCCGCCGUUCUUUCAAGGGACACAGGAGUCGACUUAUUUCAUGAGCGUCAACAGAAAUAAGAAGAGCGUUUGUAUCGAUUUGAAGAAAGGGAAAGAUAUUAUUUACGAGCUGGCGCAGACAAGUGACGUCCUGAUGGAAAAUUAUGUGCCCGGAAAGCUGAGCAGCAUGGGCUUAGGAUACGAAGAUAUGGCUAAGAUAGCGCCACGUCUUAUCUAUUGCUCAUUAACUGGUUACGGAUCUAGUGGACCAUAUGCAAAUAGACCCGGUUACGAUGUCGUCGCUGCUUCCUUAGGUGGCCUUUUGCACAUUACCGGGCCGAAAGAUGGACCACCGUGCAAGGUUGGCGUAGCAAUGACUGAUAUGGCAACAGGCCUGUACGCUCAUGGAGCAAUUAUGGCAUCCUUACUACAAAGAUCGAAAACCAACAAAGGCCAAUGGAUACAAUGUAAUCUCUUGUCGACUCAAAUCGCAAGCCUGAUAAACAUUGCUUCUAAUUACUUAAAUGGAAAUAAGGAAGCAACAAGAUGGGGAUCCGAACACGAAAGCAUAGUUCCUUACGAAGCCUUUCCCACGAAAGAUGGAUACAUGACGAUUGGAGUAGGGAGCGAUGCACAAUUUCUGGAAUUAGUCACAAAAUUACAGAUGCCAGAACUUGCUACUAAUGACAAGUUUAAGAAUAAUAUAGCUAGAGUUCAAAACAGAACGGAACUACUUGAAAUCCUUAGAGAUGUAAUUAAAAAGAAAACAAAUCAGGAAUGGUCUGCAGAAUUCACAGGGGCUUCCUUUCCUUAUGGAGCAAUAAAUACUAUGAGAGAGGUAUUCGAUGACCCCCAUGUGAAAUACAUCAAAUUGGUUCAAGAAGUAGAUCAUCCAGUUACAGGCAAAGUGAAACUUGUUGGACCAUCCGUGACAUAUAGCUACGCUACUAAUAUAGUGCGAUCAGCACCACCAACAUUGGGACAGCAUACAUCGGAAGUUUUAAAAAAUAUAUUAAACUAUUCUAAUGAUAAAAUAGAAAAUUUGAUAAAACAAAAAAUUGUACGAUAAUUAAUGAGUAUG